GGCGCGGCCGGGCCCCCUGUGCGGAGCAGUUUUCUCGAACUCUCCACCUCCUCGUUGGGGCCCAGCGCUGCCGGGAGACCCCGUCCACAUCUGCCGAAGAAAGGAGUGUCAUGAGAAAGGAGCAGAAAAGAACCGUCACUCUCGGUGAAAGGGGAGUUUUCUUUCCCAGUUGGUGGUUACUUCAUGAUUGGAAAAGAAGCACCUAGGUGGCUGAAGCGGUUAGAUUUUUAUAAUCGUACGGAUGAAGCUGAUAAAAGAAGAUAUGAGAAUACUUUCUCUGGGUCAUAAUAGGCGAUGAGCAAGCCUGAACAGGACAGAUUUGAAAUGAGGGCAGAAAGUUUGAGUUUUUCAAAGCCAAGUGGGACUUUGCACACUUGUUGAGGAUGUUCUUUUCCCAAAAAUGGAAGAAGAAAAAAAUCUCAAAGCAAAAGUGUAAAAAGCGGAAGGGAAUAACAACCAAGUCGACUCCGAGAAUUUCAGUAGUUCAUCGACUCCUUUGGGCAAACACCCCUCACCCGCAUCGUACGCGUGGGUGAUGUGAUCACUAGUGUUGGUUUCCCAUCCUAGGAACGACUUCUUGAUUUGGAUUUCGGAGUGAUUAUUCUUUUUUUUUUUUUUUCCCCCUACAAUGUGUGUUUUGACUCCUCAUGUUAGAUUUACGGAAAGGAAGUAAAUCCUGAAUUCAUGGUAUGUUUGACUAUACCACUGCUUGGUGUGCGAUAUGGAAACAUUAGAGGUUGUAACAUUCCUUGAAGUUGUAUUGGAAGCAGAGCUCUGCCAGGCAGACAGAUAGUGUAUGUUUUCUCUUCUUGGCAACCCUGCUUGCUUUGAAUGAACCGAAUGUCAGCUGGAUCUCACAGCAUAUAUGAUUUACAGUCUUUGUUUUUUCGGGGCCUUAAAUGUAUGUUUUAUACUGAGCAGAUGGGAAACACAUUGAGCACUGUGUGUGACCUGUAUGCCUAAGGAAGGGAGCUCCCCGAUGGAUCAUGGCGUUGAUGUUUACAGGACAUGUCUUGUUUUUAGCAUUAGUGAUGUUUGCUUUCUCUACUUUUGAGGAAUCUGUGAGCAAUUACUCUGACUGGGCAGUUUUUGCAGAUGAUGUAGAUCAGUUUAAGACACAGAAAGUACAAGAUUUCAAGCCCAAUCAAAAGCUGAAGAAAAGUAUGCUUCAUCCAAGUUUGUAUUUCGAUGCUGGAGAAAUCCAGGCCAUGAGACAGAAGUCUCGUACAAGCCAUUUGCAUCUGUUUAGAGCUAUCAGAAGUGCAGUAACAGUUAUGCUGUCCAACCCCACAUACUACCUACCUCCACCCAAGCAUGCCGAUUUUGCUGCCAAGUGGAAUGAAAUUUAUGGUAACAAUCUGCCUCCUUUAGCAUUGUACUGUUUGUUGUGCCCAGAAGACAAAGUUGCCUUUGAGUUUGCCUUGGAAUACAUGGACAGGAUGGUUGGCUACAAAGACUGGCUAGUGGAGAAUGCACCAGGGGAUGAGGUGCCUGUCGGCCAUUCCUUAACGGGUUUUGCCACUGCCUUUGACUUUUUAUAUAACUUAUUGGAUGGCCACCGAAGACAAAAAUACCUGGAAAAAAUAGGGGCUGUUACCGAGGAGAUGUAUGAGUAUUCCAAGGUCCGUUCGUGGGGCAAACAACUUCUCCAUAAUCACCAAGCUACUAAUAUGAUAGCAUUACUCACCGGGGCUUUGGUGACCGGGGUAGAGAAAGGAUCUAAAGCAAACAUAUGGAAACAGGUCGUCGUAGACGUGAUGGAAAAGACGAUGUUCCUUUUGAAUCAUAUUGUCGAUGGUUCUUUGGAUGAAGGUGUGGCCUAUGGAAGCUACACGGCUAAAUCAGUCACGCAGUACGUUUUUCUAGCCCAGCGCCAUUUCAGUAUCAACAACUUGGAUAAUAACUGGUUGAAGAUGCACUUUUGGUUCUAUUAUGCCACCCUCUUACCAGGCUUCCAAAGAACUGUGGGUAUUGCAGAUUCCAAUUAUAAUUGGUUUUAUGGUCCAGAGAGCCAGUUAGUUUUUUUGGAUAAGUUUAUCUUAAAGAAUGGAGCUGGAAAUUGGUUAGCUCAGCAAAUUAGAAGGCACCGGCCUAAAGAUGGACCAAUGGUCCCCUCCACUGCCCAGAGGUGGAGUACUCUUCACACCGAAUACAUCUGGUACGAUCCCCAGCUCACCCCACAGCCUCCUGCUGAGUAUGGUACUGCGAAAAUGCACACGUUCCCUAACUGGGGUGUUGUCACUUAUGGGGCUGGCUUGCCAAACACACAGGCCAAUACCUUUGUGUCCUUUAAGUCCGGGAAGCUGGGGGGCCGAGCCGUGUACGACAUAGUUCACUUUCAGCCAUACUCCUGGAUUGACGGGUGGAGAAGCUUUAACCCAGGGCAUGAACAUCCAGAUCAGAACUCAUUCACCUUUGCCCCAAAUGGACAAGUGUUUGUUUCGGAAGCUCUCUACGGACCCAAGCUGAGCCACCUCAACAAUGUGCUGGUAUUUGCUCCAUCACCUACGAGCCAGUGUAACCAGCCCUGGGAGGGUCAGCUGGGAGAGUGUGGCCAGUGGCUCAGGUGGACCGGCGAGGAGGUUGGUGACGCAGCGGGGGAAAUCAUUACUGCCUCCCAACAUGGAGAAAUGCUGUUUGUGAGUGGGGAAGCGGUGUCUGCUUACUCUUCAGCAAUGAAGCUGAAGAGCGUGUAUCGUGCUCUGCUUCUCUUAAAUUCUCAAACGUUGCUCGUCGUUGAUCACGUUGAGAGGCAGGACGGUUCCCCAAUAAAAUCUGUCAGUGCCUUCUUUCAUAAUCUGGACAUUGAUUUUAAGUACAUCCCCUAUAGGUUUAUGAACAGGUAUAAUGGCGCCAUGAUGGAUGUAUGGGAUGCACACUACAGAAUGUUCUGGUUUGAUCAUCAUGGCAAUAGUCCCAUUGCUAGUAUACAAGAAGCAGAGCAAGCUGCUGAAUUUAAGAAACGGUGGACGCAGUUUGUUAAUGUGACGUUUCAGAUGGAAUCCACAAUCACAAGAAUCGCGUAUGUCUUUUAUGGGCCAUAUGUCAAUGUUUCCAGCUGCAGAUUUGUUGAUAAUUCCAAUUCUGGACUUCAGAUCUCUCUCAAUGUCAAUAAUACCGAACAUGUUGUGUCCAUUGUAACCGACUACCACAACCUGAAGACAAGAUUUGAUUACCUGGGUUUUGGUGGCUUUGCCAAUGUGGCUGAGCAGGGCCAAAUAACCCGAUUUGGUUUGGGCACCCAAGCGAUAGCAAAGCCCAUAAAACAAGAUAGGGUUAUUUUCCCCUUUGGAUUUAAAUUUAAUAUAGCAGUUGGGUUGAUUUUGUGCAUUAGCUUGGUGAUUUUAACCUUUCAGUGGCGGUUUUACCUUUCUUUUAGAAAGCUAAUGCGGUGGAUCCUAGUCCUUGUUGUUGCCUUGUGGUUUAUUGAGCUGCUGGACGUGUGGAGCACCUGCACGCAGCCCAUCUGUGCAAAAUGGGCAAGGACGGAGGCCGAGGCCAGCCCGAAGCCUGUGUCUUCAGAAGGGCCCCACACUGACCUUCCCAGUGUUGUCGUUACCUCACUUCCUGGUUCAGGAGCUGAAAUCCUCAAACAACUUUUUUUCAACAGUAGUGAUUUUCUCUACAUCAGAGUUCCUACAACCUACAUUGAUAUUCCUGAAACUGAAUUUGAAAUCGACUCGUUUGUAGAUGCCUGUGAAUGGAAGGCAUCAGAUAUCCACAGUGUGCAUUUCCGUUUACUCCGCGGCUGGUUGCAGUCCUUAGUUCAAGACACAAAACUGCAUUUGCAAAACAUCCAUCUGCAUGAACCCAGUCGGGGUAAACUGGCCCCAUACUUCACAGCAAAUAAGGACAAAAAAAGAAAACUGAAAAGGAGGGAGUCUCUGCCCGAACAAAGAAGUAGAAUGAAAGGCACCUUUGAUAGAGAUGCUGAAUAUAUUAGAGCUUUAAGGAGACACCUGGUCUAUUACCCAAGUGCACGUCCUGUGCUCAGCUUAAGCAGCGGGAGCUGGACCUUAAAGCUCCAUUUUUUUCAAGAAGUCUUAGGAGCUUCUAUGAGGGCAUUGUACAUAGUGAGGGACCCCCGGGCAUGGAUCUAUUCAAUGUUGUACAGUAGCAAACCCAGUCUCUACUCUUUGAAGAAUGUACCAGAGCACUUAGCUAAACUGUUUAAGAUAGAGAGAGGUAAAGGCAAAUGUAACUUGAAUUCAGGCUACGCUCUCGAAUACGAAUCAUUGAGGAAAGAAUUAUCAAAAUCCCAGUCAAAUGCAGUCUCCCUGUUGUCUCAUUUGUGGUUCGCAAACACAGCAGCAGCGCUGAGAAUAAAUACGGAUUUGCUGCCCGCCAGCUACCAGCUGAUCAAGUUUGAAGAUAUUGUACAUUUUCCUCAGAAAACCACAGAAAGGAUUUUUGCCUUUCUUGGAAUACCUUUGUCUCCUGCUAGUUUAAACCAAAUAUUGUUCGCCACCUCCACAAACCUUUUCUAUCUUCCCUAUGAAGGGGAAAUAUCACCAACUAACACCAAUGUUUGGAAACAAAACUUGCCUAGAGAUGAAAUUAGACUGAUUGAGAACAUCUGCUGGACACUGAUGGAGCGUCUAGGAUAUCCAAAGUUUACGGACUGAACGCUGCAGGUCAGCAGACAUUUGCACUAACACUUGCCAACGCGGUUUGUGGACGUGAACUAGAAGAGUUUGUUUAUUCUUGUACUACGUGUGUGCGUGCGCGCGCGUGUUCCGUUCGUUACUUGCACAAAGAUUAUUUUAAAAAUAGGCA